AUGUCAGUUGGAGAAGUUUCUGAGCUUACCAUCUCCCCAGACUUUGGAUACGGUGCACGUGGUGCUGGAGGUCUCAUCCCACCAAAUGCCACUUUGAUCUUCGAAGUCGAGUUGAUCUCAUUCAAAUAG